CGGCAGUGAGAUCAUGUGAGACUCCACGCUUAGAGAAAGUAGGUUAGCAGGGUAGACUGAGGAGGAGAAGAACGGACGGAGAGUCACAGCACUGAGGGGGGCCCGAGCGCACCACUCGAAUACCGUGGGACUAUUUCAUUAAAAAAAACAACAUCCAUCCAAAUCCAAUCGCGGCGGAUCCACGCGCGUUACCAUGCGAGCGAAAACGUCUUUUUUGAUCAUUUUAUUUCGCUUGGACUUGACCGAGCGAUAAAGGACACUUUGAGAGUAGUUUUUUUCCCUUCUUUUUCCAGCCCUGCAGCCAGGGCGAAGUUAAUAUUCUGGUCUACUUGACACCAGUUCCUUGCACGCUUUUUUAAAAUUAUUAUCGGUAUCGUGUAAUCGCCAACCACAUGUAGUUCCCGUCGUUGUAAGGAACCACAGACAACGAAAUACCACCAUGCGAGCCCAGAUUGAGGUCAUCCCCUGUAAGAUCUGUGGGGACAAAUCCUCAGGAAUCCACUAUGGAGUCAUCACCUGUGAAGGCUGUAAGGGUUUCUUCCGUCGCAGUCAGCAAAACAACGCAAUGUACUCAUGUUCCAGGCAAAGGAACUGUGUCAUUGACCGAACUAACCGUAAUCGCUGCCAGCACUGCCGUCUCCAGAAGUGUCUGGCUUUGGGCAUGAGUCGAGAUGCGGUGAAGUUUGGACGCAUGUCAAAGAAGCAACGUGACAGUUUGUACGCCGAGGUCCAGAAGCACCAGAAGUCGCAGGAAUGUAGCGGGUCUGGAGGAGCAGGGUCCACUGCUCUGUCUUUACCCAGAGAGGAGGGCGUCUGCAGCAGUGCAGGCGAGGACGGUGAAGAGGGUCUGAGCCGCUCCUACAGCAGUGGAGGCUCCAGCUCUACUCUCAGUGACCUGGACGACAUUGCGGCGCUGCCAGACCUCUUUGACCUGCCGCUGACGCCUGAGGAGGCCAGCCAGUACUGCAGCCUGGAGCUGCUGGGCGGAGGAGGCGGGGCUAGUACAGGCAAUACUUCCAACUCCUCCUCAGCGUCAUCCUCUUCCUCGUCCCUGUCCAAUCAGAACUCUCCGCAGCAGACCAUACUGGACGGCCCAGACAGCAACGGGAUCCAACACUCUCAUUCACUGCUGGACAGUCUGCCAGACGACUGCUCAAUAGCAGACCUCGAGCGAAUCACUCAGAGCAUUGUAAAGUCCCACUUGGAGACAUGCCAGUACAGUGCUGAGGACAUGAAAAGGUUCACCUGGGUGCAAUAUACACCUGAGGAGGCACGGAAUUUCCAGAACAAGUCAGCGGAAUGGAUGUGGCAACAAUGCGCACACCACAUUACUAAUGCUAUCCAGUAUGUGGUAGAGUUUGCCAAGCGCAUUGCUGGCUUUAUGGACCUGUGUCAGAAUGAUCAGAUUAUUCUCCUCAAAGCAGGCUGCCUGGAGGUGCUCCUCAUCCGCAUGUGUCGAGCCUUCAAUGUCAACAACAGCACUAUCUUCUUCAACGGGAAGUUCGCCCCAGCACACUUCUUCAAAGCACUUGGUUGUGAUGAUCUGGUCAGUGCCGUUUUUGACCUUGGUAAAGGACUGUGCCGUCUACAGUUGUCCGAUGAAGAAAUGGCUUUGUUUAGUGCAGCUGUUCUCUUAUCACCAGACCGACCUUGGUUGUCAGAAGGCCAAAAGGUUCAGAAACUUCAGGAGAAAGUCUACCUUGCCCUGCAGCAUAGUCUAAACAAAAGUGGAGCCCCUGAUGAAAAACUGGAUAAGAUGGUGUCUAAACUGCCUAUAAUGAAGUCCAUCUGUAACCUCCACAUUGACAAACUGGAGUUUUUUCGAUUGGUCCACCCAGAGACCGCCUACAAUUUCCCACCACUUUACCGGGAAGUGUUUGGUAGCGAGAUGUCGCUGCCAGACUCUACGGACUGCUAGAUGCACAACUAGAGCUGAAAGUGUAUUAAGAAGUGGUAGUGAGGCGAGGUGAAGCAGAGAAGGACAUAGAUGUUGAAGUUAAACAACCAGCAGUACAGAGACAAUCCAGGACUUUAAAAACUCCUUCUCCUUUGAUCCCAAAGUAGUCCUUCACUUUCCCAGCAGGCAAAAGCACCUUACACUACAGACCACAUAAACUCUCGGUCCUCUGCAAUGUAGCACUAACAAUAAGUCAAUGGGCAUGUGUAUAAUAAUAUAUAGCCCUUUAUAGCACUAGACAGCUCCAAGCUCUGAUCCACUGCAGAUCAACCAUUUGAAUGUACCUCAGACAUAAGCAGCACCAGUGGGCAUGUCAGAUUACACUAACCGUGAAUGUACCAAACCUGAACUUCACAAAUUUACAAAGUGUUUUGUUAUUGCAAAAUAUGGCAGCCAUGCAACAAUUACCUUAUAUCGACCACCAUAGGGACCAAUAUUUACUCAUUAUUCUUUAGGUAAUACAGUUAUGGUUUGACACACGGCUCAGGCUGAUUCAAGCUCGCUAAAAAUGAAACAGUGUUUGGUGCUGCCUUUUUGUAGGCUCUUGUAAUGCAAUGAGAAACCUCAGUCCCGCAUACCCCUACCCUUGUAAAUGCCACUUAGAGACAGGACAAAAUGAAAUUAACUUUAAUUUAUAUACACAUUUAUAAACAAAUAUUUUAAGUAAGAAUGUAAAUAAAUGAUUAUAUAUAAGUAUAUGGAGAGAGUUAGUUUGUGUGAUUUCAGAGUGGAGCGCAGAGAAAAGCAAAUAGUGAGAUAGAGAAACCAAGACGGAUCAAGAAUGAUGAUUUUGUGGACUAUUGCUUUUAUGGACUACUUUCCUGUCUGACAGUACUCUCAGGUUUCUAUGGCAACAACCCCUCUUAUCCUGAGGGUGACCCAGCAGGGCAAAGCAAAACACUUGGGUGGACAUUUGUGAGACAGUGGAGUGGGGUAUUAUGCAGCCAAGACAAUCUGUUGUCUUGCAUCAAAAAAAAAAACAAGCUUUGAAUGACUGCAUCACUGCUGCCCCCAGUGGUAAGAAGACAAAAAGGGCAGGACUCCAUGGACUGUUGAGUUGAUGUGAAAAGACGGCUUCUCCUGCUAGUCUCUAACCAGCACUCAGUUACAUCAGUGUGGUAAAACAGUAUGUCACUUAUAUUGUUUCUGUUGCCAUAACAAACCAGUCUAUAAACCCUCCAAGCUGGUUGGAGCAACUGUAUUUUUAUGUACAUUUGCUGUUCCUCUUCCUUAAACCCAACACUCGCCAGAAGAAAAAGCACUUAUUGUACUCCUCUUUCUCAGUGGACACUUCACAAGACAGAGUUACCAGCGGCCCCCUGGGUUGGGCAUCAAUGCCAGUAAGACUUGAGUAAAUCCUUUGUUUUUUUGAUUCUGCAUUUGUCCUUCAGCUGUACACAUGUAACAUACACAGAUAACUCACUUUUGGAAAGUUAUGAGAUGAUUAUGAUGUCUUACCUGAGUGCUGUGAUGUUGAGAGCAGACUCCUCGGACCUGCUGCUUGCCUCUCAGGGAGCUAGCUGUGAUCCUGUCCCUUUAUAACCAGUGUCGUCUUUAGCCUUGUACUUUUCACACCUUUUGCACCUAAGAUGAGACCCAUAACCAUAAUCACUGUGGACGUAAGCUCUAUUUUUGUGAAUGUUACUCACAAAGUGUCAAAGCCCUUUUCCUCUUGUCCUAAUAUUGUAAAUGAAAUUUACGAGAAAUAGGAAUAAAAAAAUAAAUCACUUAGAGUUCAUGAUAAAUUUCAGUUUUGGAGUUUACUGUUUGUUUUGCUGUGAUUUUCAUUUUUUUGUCAGUCUUAUAUCCACAAUUCUCUUUAUGUGUCACCACUUUGUCUUGUAAAGUCAAAGAUUUUUUUAUUGAAAGGUUAAGAAACACAUCAAAGAAUAGUUUGUCUCCCUCUUCUUACUGUAUCACAAAAUGUACAAGAGGUAGGCUAUAUUACAAGCCCAGGAGUCACACGUUUAUAUUAUAUUGUCGUCCAACAGGAUACAUAUAUGUGGUUUUAAGAAUGUAAUAAAUGGUUUCUUUUUCUUUUGAAUCGA